UAUGUAACCUCUCCGGUGAAUUAGGUCGUUUCUUCAAAUCGAAGCCGAGAUUUGGGGGGCGAGGUGGUCUGGGGGCGGGGAGACAUCCUCUUUCCCUCCGCCUUGCACCCCUGGGACAUGCAACCAAUUGCUGAUCUUCCCUGCUGGGAUUAGCACAGGGGGGAGCACAGGGGUGCAGUUUUGAUUCUCCCUUCCCUUUCUCGGGGCUGCAGGAUUUUUUUUUCCUUGCAAGAAGAAGUCGUCGGAUUCAGGAAAAGGACAAAAGGCCGUCGCUUUGCGGGCCAUCGGCAAAGGUAACGCUAACGCGGGGUGGGUUUGCGGGCAGCUUGUCAGAAGUUUCAGUCCGCGGAGUUCUGAAAAGUUUCGUGCCACUUGCACUUGUUAAAGAGAGGGAGGGAGGGAGAGUGAAAUGAGCCCGGGAAAAUGCUGUCUUGAUUCUCGGCGAUCUCAAAUCAGAUGGGGUGGAGGGAAGCGAGUUGGAUCUGAAAUUCGCCGUUUGUAGUCAGGUAUCGGAGGAUCUCGGAUUUUGUUGCAAUAAAAAAAAGCCGGGCCGCCGGAAAGUCGGUGCCGUCUCCCCACCACAGGCCGAAAGGAAAGUGGGCGUGAGUCGGAGAUCGAUAAUGACUUGUAUUCCCAUCAGUACCUCUUCUUUGCUCUUGUUUUGAACAAGAACAGAGCGACAGGUAACGUGCUGAGAAGAUGACUUGAUAUUGGCCAAGACGGGUUGAACUCUUUUGCACAGAUUCAAAUCUGAAAGGGGCAUCCAGGUGUAGAGAACGUUUAAUGGGCUAAAUUAUUUUCAUGCUGGGGGAGCGGAAUUCUAUAGCUAAAUUUGCAGCCAUCAACUGUAUCUGGUUAAGUUGGACCUACCUAUCCCUAAUUUUACAGCCCAAUAUGUUUUUAGGCUCUUUUUUUUUUACAAAGGAGUAGAUGGGAUUGUUGAAAAACAGUGGAUGAAGUUUAAAUGUGUCCAUAUUUCAUUUGUUAAUUUACUUUGAUUUCUGCCUACCUUGCAGGGGCUGCCUGUUUCACUAGACGCUUUUCCUUGGAUGAGAAGUUUAAGGAUGGAACAGCCGUGGUGGAAAGGAGACCUUGCAGCUGACGUUCAUCAGACACUAAGACUGAAGGAGCUGAAACUGCCGAUCUACAAGGCCCAUUCUCCACAAAUUGAAAGACGGCACUAUUUUGCUCACCUCCUUACUGUCCUCAGCAGCCAUUGCCAACUUUGUCCCACAGCUCGGCACCUUGCUGUCUACUUGCUGGAUAUUUUUAUGGAUCGCUAUGAUGUUACUGUGAAGCAGUUAUAUGUCGUUUCAAUUGCAUGUCUUCUCCUUGCAAGCAAAUUUGAAGAGAAGGAGGAUAAGGUGCCCAAACUAGAACUGCUGAACAACUUUGCUUAUAUGUGCAGCCUUAAUCUAACACUUACAAAAAAAGACCUUCUGAAGAUGGAACUCUUGCUCCUGGAGAGCUUCAAUUGGAAUCUGUGUCUGCCAACCCCAGCGCACUACAUUGACUAUUACCUCUUCGCUUCUGUCAAUGAGGGUGACCUCCACAAAGGCUGGCCCAUCACGUCUGUCACCAAGUUCAGAGCCAUCAUGGAGAAAUGCUCUCACUCAUUCCUAGAAGCUUCACUGCAAGAUCAUGUUUUUCUCUCUUUUCGGCCCUCUCUGGUUGCUGCUGCUUGUGUGGGUGCCUCCCGCGUCUACCUUGAGAUCUCUCCCCCGUGGACCACACAGCUUCAACUGCUGACAUGUUAUUCCUGGGAACAUCUUGUUCCUUGCAUUGAACUCAUGCUUGGCAAAGUUCACAGUAAGGACCCCAGAGAAGACACACAGGAAAAAGAUUCCCUAACUCUGUUGCAGCAGCAGCAGCAAAUUAUGGAAAGCCUAAACCUACAGACGCCAACUCAGGUUCUCUUCCAACAGCCACAGUACCACCCCCUGCCCCAGCCCUCAGCUGUCCUGUCGCAGUUCUGUUCUCCGAUACAGGAUCUGUGCUCCGCUUAUCGGGACUCCCUGCAAGCUCCUCGAUCCAGUGGCCUCAGUUCAGGGAAUAGUACGCUGAGUACUUACUCUGCCCUGCAGGAGAAUUUCCAACCUGUUUUGCAGACCAUGUCUCUCCAAGGGCCAAUCACGAUGCAGGUAGCCAUUUCGACAGAAUCCAGACAUUGCCUCUCAUUGGUCUACGGCAGCAGCUACUUCAGCAGGCAUCACUCAUACACAGCAGGCUGUUUCGAUGGCUGAGCGCCUAUGGAAAAAGGGAGCCAGAGAGAGGCAGGAUGUUUUGCCAGAAAAACACAGGGUUGGAGCACACGAACCAGAUUACCCAUGUCACUAUCAGCAGGAUCUCUAUGAAGAAAUGGCUGGACAAAAAACAGAUCCAACUCACCAGCUCAAUUUUGAUUUCUCAGUACGUGUGCUUUGUAAGGAGGCAAGACUUUAAGAGAAAAAUGCAAAAAGAUAUACCUCACCUUUCCCAGAUUUGCCAGGCUUCAUUUUGAGGGAGGAAGAAUUGGAAAAGCUUCUUCCAUAAGACAAACUUUUGCCGUAAGAUAACUACCCUGUGGCACAUGUGUAUAGUUGCUUCCCUGAUGAGGUUUGCCAAGUGGAUGAUUGUAGUUUGUAGUUUUUAGCCCAGGAACCUUCUAUUGGUGAUAAAAAGGCCAGUGUUUGUUGCACUCACCUUAAGAUGUCUCUCUCUCUCUCUCCCUCCCUCCCUCUCCCCCUCCCUCUCUCUCUCUGAAUACUUUAUGAAGGAACUUCCUUGUUGCUUAUUGGAAGAUUCGCACAGCAAUAUAUUAAACAUGAAAAUAGGGAGAGAAAUACUUGGAACUUUUUUAAUACAUUUUAUAGGUUAAGCACCAUUUGAGUUUCAUAUGUAUAGUAUUUUUUAAUUGCCUUUUUAAAGUACCUCUAGAUAUUUGAAAUGCUGCUGCCUUAUGUCACAGUCAUUUGUUGAGAAAAUAUGGUUUACAAGUUAUAUCAGGGAUUAAUGUUUACUUGAAGCAGUUCACUGUAAAGAAAAAUAGUUAAAUCCCUUAAUUUUUAAGGGAACUGCUGCCUUUUAUUAUAGGAUGUUAGGAAUUUGCAAUAUGACUUAGAAAAGUAGACAAAAAUAUACAUAGAAAGACUCUUAAAAGAGGAAAGAACACUUAAAAGGUUCAAGAAUAAGGAAUGUAAGGUUAAUAAAAGGUGAUUAAACAAUUUGCAUUCCUAAAAAGAUACUAGCUGGAACAAUACUAUAGAUGACUAUUGAGAUAGGUUGCCAUGCAAGCUAUUUUUAAGGCAAUAUGUAAAUCAACAUGACAAAGUAAAUAAUAAUUCACUUUGAAUAUUAGCAUUUAAAGCAAGGAAUGAACCACAAUGAUAAAGAAAGCUAAUCUCUUUCUGCAAUUGCUUCUUUAGCACCUUGACCUGGUUCUUUCUAGCUGGACUCCAGAAUUAGGAAGUACUGUAAGUUUGGAAAAGAGGGGAGGGGUUAACAUUAGCAGAAAAUAAUUGAUGGAAAUGGGCGGGCUACAGUACCAUGCCCCCACCACUGAUUCUCUUCUAAAAAUAUAGAUUUAACAAUACUUUGCCAGGUUUUGCCUUGCCCCAGUGCUCUAAUAUUUCUAUGUAAACUUACUUUUAGGAUCAUGGCCUUAAACAAUUUUGUAUGAUUAAGUUUUGUACUAGACUUCUGCUCCAAUUUCAAAAUAUGUUGAAGAUGUCUACUACUGUGUCAAGUUGCCACUUGAUAUGGAGCUAUUGUCACUGAAUGACAGUAUUUUUAUGGAAUGUUUCUCAGGAUUGCAAUAACACUAUGUGCAAUAUGCUUUUAUUCUAUUGAAUAUGUAGAGUUUGUUGUUGAGAAUGCAGUGGUAAAAUGUUAUUCGUUCAUUUUGCUUUAAGUUAUAAUUUUCAGAGAGAAAGUGAAGAAAUUUUUAACUGAAAAAGAGAGUGCUGCUUUUAAUGUAGGGGAAGAAUGUUUCCUUUUUAUUGAAAAGUCUGGUGAUGAGUUCUGCUAAAGUCUAUUGCAGACUGGGCUUGUCCAGCUUUUGAUGACAACAUAUGUAGCAAGACAAAGUUGGAAAUGUUUUUGUAUGGAUUUUCUUUCCUUGUUAGAAACAUCUUUGUCAAAAAAUAGUAUCUGGACUUGUACGUUACCUUUUAUGUAUUUAUAUACAACUUUUUAACUACAACAUUUAAGCAGACAGUAGUCACUUAAUUGUGUAAAAACCACUGGAAAAGCUCAAGCUUAUAGAAUUUGGCCUGAUUAUUUCAUGACGUCUUGUAAAGAAGGUGUUUUUGUGUAUUGAAAUUUUCUGUUUCUGUCUUUAAAAGGUUUAUUGAAUAAACAGCACAAAACAUUAA